GUGGUAAUACACCAGUGCGUAGGCUGUAGACUAUUAGGAAUAACCUAGAAAAGAUGGCCAGAAUUCUAAAAUCUCUUAUCUCUUUAAGCGGCACAAGCCUCCAAAGCGGUCAAGACAGGGAUAUCAGGCCAAUUAAAAGAAGUAAUUCUGCCAAUACAGGCCAGUUUGUAUCUAAGAGGCCAACAGCCAGUAAGAAGAGAUAUAGAAAAUUAAUAGCCAGUUAAAAGUAGGGGGAAAAGAGGCUAUACUACUAUAGAAGUAGCUAAGUUACAAAGAAAUACAGGCCCUUAUAUAGCUGCUUCUAUAUAAAGUCUCUGUAGCCUUCUGGUACGUGGG